AUGGCCGCCACAGCAGACCCCCAUACAAAGAAGAAGCAGAGGAAGCAACCCCGCCCCGCCCCUCCGGCUGCUGGCCCUUCCACAUCCCAACAACCCUCAACAGGCCGUCUCUUCGCCCCCUUCAGAGCCCUUGGAUAUGUCACCGACGAGAUUCCAUUUGCCAUGUUUGUUCACACACCCAAUGGGGCUCUCGCUACUCCUACAGUCAAUGUCACGACAUCCGUAGGGAGGAGCUGGUUGAUGUGGGACGCUGCGAGGAUGACUUUGGUCUUUGCUGGUCCUGAUUCUGGCGACAAGAUAAAUGGUCUCACAAUGACCGGUACCGACAUUUACGCCUCUGCUGGCCCCAGAGUCAUCAAAUACCACCGAGGAAAGGAGGUCGCUCAGUUUGACUCUCCCGAUGGGUCUACACUAGGCAAGAUGCUCAUCUUUGGUGAGGACUUUUUGGUGCUCAAGAAUGACGGGACCGGGGUUUUUGUCUAUGAUAUGGCUACGAGACAUCUCAAGAACCAAAUUACAUUCCACUCUUCUUUUACUGCUACGACCAUCAUGCACCCUGCGACCUAUCUCAACAAGGUCCUGAUUGGAAGCAGAGAAGGAGAGAUGCAAUUGUGGAAUACGCGCACUUGCUCUCUGAUCUACACCUUCCCCCACGAAAAUCCUUCUGAACCCUCCGCCAUCACUACAAUCGUUCAAUCUCCCGCCGUGGAUGUUGUUGCAGUCGGUUACCAAGACGGCGCCAUCCGUGUCCACGACAUCAAGCACGGCGACCUCGUCAUGCAGAUGAAGAAUGACGACGGUGCCGUCUCUGCCUUGUCCUUCCGUAUGGAUGGCCCUCCUAUCUUGGCGAGCGCUUCUGUGGUGGGAUCAUUGGCCGUGUGGGAUCUGAGCAAAGGUGGAAGAAUAUUGCAUACUAUGAGGGGAGCGCACGAUCAGGGAAUCACCGGGUUGCAGUGGGUGCAGGGCCAGCCUUUGCUGAUAACGUCUAGUGCAGACAACAGCGUCAAGCAAUGGGUCUGCGACUCUCCCACAGGAAUGCCUAGAUUGCUCAAGAUGCGAGGCGGUCACCAUGCCCCUCCAUCUUGUAUCAGAUACUACGGUGAAGACGGCAAGCAAAUCCUCACCUCCGGCAAGGACAGAUCCCUCAGAUAUACCAGUGUUGUCCGAGACUCUCGAAGUUUCGAGCUUUCUCAGGGUUCCCUCAUCAAGAAGGCCAUCGGGAUGGGUGUCACAGUCGAUACUCUCAAACUUCCGCAGAUCUCCUCCAUCUCCAGCUCUUCCACACGGUCGAAAGACUGGGAAGAUGUUCUCACCGCCCAUACCGAAGACUCGGUCGCCCGGACAUGGCGGGUCCAAGACAAGCGCCUAGGAGCGUGGACGUUUGACUUGGAGGAAGGCUACGCUCAGUCGGUGUGCGUGACUGCUUGUGGAAACUUUGGUCUCGUCGGAUCCUCGACCGGGGAGAUCAAAUUGUGGAAUAUGCAGUCCGGAAAAGAGAGGAAAGCGUUUGCGCUGAGUGGUGCGGCGCCGGGAAACACCAAACCCAAGAUCAUCGCGCAGAGUAAGAAUGGAACCAAGCCCAAGGCGGUCAAGGCCAAGGACGCGAAAGGCGGCAAGUCUAUCAAGGCUAUCACUGGGCUGGUCACGGAUGCUUUGAACACUGUCGUCGUUGCUGGUACAUUGGAAGGAAAGCUUUACUUCUUCGACUUCCACACAACCAAGAAGAUCCACGAAGUUCAGCUCGACUCCUCCAUCACCGCCAUCUCCCUCCAUCGAGACAGUGGCCUCAUUGCUGUGACCUGUGACGACCUCUUGGUCCGCCUUGUCGACAUUGAGACCCAGCGAGUCGUGCGUGAGCUUCGUGGCUUCAAAGGUCGUAUUCUCGACGUCAUCUUCACCCCCGACUCCCGUUGGAUUAUUGCUACAUCCCUCGACUCUACCAUCCGCACCUUUGAUAUCCCUACGGGCAAGCUUGUUGAUGCGUUCAAGACGUCCUCUAUCGCUACCAGCGUCACUUUCUCCCCCACAGGAGACUUUUUGGCGACGGCGCAUGUCGACAGCGUUGGCGUCUACUUGUGGGCGAACAAGGCGCAGUUCACAGAUGUCGCUCUCAGGCAUCUAGACGAGGAGGACGAUGUCGUUGAAGUCGCUCUCCCCACAGUACAGGGUUUGGAUGAAGACGCCGCUAUCGAAGGCAUCGACCCUAUUGGUGCCCCCGAGUACACCGACAUUUACACCACCCCCGACCAACUCGACUCUCAGCUCGUUACACUCUCACUUAUCCCCCGCUCUCGUUGGCAAAUGCUUCUCAAUCUUGAAACGAUCAAGCAAAGAAACAAGCCAAAGGAGGCGCCGAAAGCUCCUGAAAAGGCGCCUUUCUUUUUGCCCACCAUCAGCGGGUUGGAGACGCGCUUCGAUCUGUCUGGUGUAGACGCAAACAAGGACGAGCAGGACAAGGGGCAGAGGCUGGGGUUGGCAGGUGACUGGCUGGAGAGCGAUUUCACGAGAAAGCUGAGUGCCGAGAAGGAAGAGGGAGAUUACAACUCUUUCUUUGAAUACAUCAAGGCCCUCUCGCCCUCCAAUCUGGAUCUCGAAAUACGCUCCCUCGUCUCUCUGGACCACCUCGCCACAUUCCUCAAUGCUUUGACUCAGCGACUGAAGUCUCAUCGAGACUUUGAGGCCGUUCAGGCCAUCCUCUCCGUGUUCCUCAAAGUCCACGGCGAUGUGCUGAUAGCCAAUGGCGAGGUGAAGGGAGCGCUGCAAGAGCUGAGAAAUGAACAGAGGCGGGAGAGCAAGAGGCUCAGAGAGCUGGUUGGAUAUACUCUCGGGACAUUGGGUUUCUUGAGGGGCACAUAG